UGCCCCCCGAUGCCAUGACAGUGUCCGGUUCGCAGCCGCAGCAGCCGAUCGAAAGUGUCCACCCUUGCAGCCGGCGCACCAGCAACCUCGGUUCCCGUUCUACCAACACCACCACCACCACCGCUCAGCAGCCCGCGACCGGCGCAGGUCUCGAUGCCGCCGCGUCUUCGAUGGCGCUGUGCAGCGGCAACAUGUCGUCAUCGUCCUCGUCAUCGACCUCCUGCUCCCCGACUCCGCAUGCCUCCGCCGCCGCCAGUCCCGGACAUCCGCAGCAGCAGCAGCACAGUGGCGGCACCCCGACGUCUGCCCUGCGGAGGCUCUACUUCAAGACGGCUCGCGUCAGCAAGGCCGCCAGCAAGGCUGCCACGGCGGCGACGGUAGUGGCUGCGGCGGCCAGCACCAUCACGACCGUCCCGAAAGUGAUCGUGAUGGGCUCGUCCACAACAUCCGAAGCCACCACGAUCAACACCUCGACCGAUUCGGCCUCAACGCACGUCACGAACGUGACGACCACAACCGACACCGAAACCAACGACUCCUUGGACCUCGGUGAUACGUCGGGACAGAGCGAACCGCUGCUCAGCUCGCUGGACGACGAGAGCUCCAGCAUCGUGAUGAUGAACGAAACCAACGGCGAGGAGGACGAAAACAUCACCGUCAUCAACGGGCCGCCCGACACACCGAUGCUGAUAAGCUAUCAGGAACUGGAAGACAUGUCACCGGCAUCGCCCAUGUUUUCUCCACGCGAUUCACCGAAACCUGGUUCUGCGGUUGCGGGGCUACAGCGCACCGCAGCACACCACAACCCACGGACGGCACCGGCCACAUCCGGUACCACCCGGUUCCCGUUCGAUCCACCAGUGUCGCCGCCGAAAGCGCCAAGCACCGCCCGCAGCGGAAGUCGCGGAACGCCGGCUGGUGGAGGUACGCUGGCCCGGACCCACGAGACCAUGUUCAGCUUCGACGAGUCACCGAACCCGAUCCGCCGUCCACCGCCCAAGCUGCCCCCGUCGUCGGUCGACCAAACGCCGGAACACUCGCCGAACGCGGCCAUUGAUUGCCUGGUGGCCACACAACGCCAGCCACCGCCAGCGGACCCAGCAGCGGUGAUCUCCUCGUCCUCGACGCCGAAACGACUGAUGAACAGUUUCAAGACGCGGAAGGAGCGCUUCGUGCAGCAAGCGGGUAGUGCCGUAGCAGCGGCGACGGCUGCCGUUACUUCCGGCCCCGGGAAACCGUUCAAGAAUCCCAACUACGACCCCGACCUGACGAUGUUCCCGUUCGACCGGGAAGCGAUCGAUUACGAGCGCAUCCAGCGGGAGUGUUUCGCCGUCGAGGAGGAGCUUCUCUUUGAGGACCACUGCACCGGCCGGAGUCGCCCGGACCGGGACGACGACCGCGACGAGCUGCAGCGCAUCCUGGACGGUGGCGUGGGCUGCGAAUCCCCCUCGAAGCUGCUGUUUGACUCGGAGAUCUUCAGCGAUCACUACUCGAUCUUUCAGCAGUACGCCUACCUGUCGCAGCAGGAACGGAGCGGCGCGAUCGGUGACCGAUCCCACGGCCAGCGGAAAGUGAACCCAGCGGCUGAUGCGUUCUCACCGCAACGGCGCCCGGAAACGGCACCCGCCUGCACCUCCACCGUCAAGGGUGCGCCCUCGCGGUUCGAUCAGAUCGCGACCAAGUUCGACAUGAUGCCACCCUCGAAGCUCGGUGGCAGUGUCGCAGCGCACCACCAGCUGGGCUGCGGGACGCUGCUGCCGGAUCUGCGCGUCGACUACUUCGCCGAGACGUCCAUCACGAUCUCGCCCUCGUCGUCGCCGUCGUCGUCGGCGGGGAUCGCCGUUGGCGAGCCGUCAGCGCCGCCGCCUGGAACGACGGUGGUGGUCGCGCGUGCGCCAUCGCCUCGACUGCCGUCGGCGGUUGAUGCGGUCGUCGUCGUCACCGGCACAGGCGCACACGCCGCCGGGGCUAUAAAUGUAACGCCAAACCCGAUGGACGGAGCAGUCUGUACACAACCACGGGCAACAAUAGUCGUACAGCAACCUUCGCUCAGCUUGGACUACACGUCCGUCGAGACGAUCCUGCUCAAGAAUGAGGGCGACUUUAUCAGCGUCGAGCAGGGCAAGGAAGGGCAGCAGCCGGUGGCGCAGAAGAAGAAACAGCAGCGCGAGGAACACAUGCGCCAGCUGCUGGACGUGACCAACACGCUUACGACGGAGGAAAUCAAGGACUUCGAGAUGAGAUACGGUAGUCCACACCACAGCCGGUCGCAGUCAGUAAAAACACCGGGAAGCCGUGCAGGGGGCCGUCCAAAUCAGCUAUGCUUGCCACAACAACGAUCAAGAGUGGCUUCUAUGCCCAACACAGGGGUCGAAGAAGAGUACUACCGGUUGAGGCAUUUCUCCAUCACCGGCAAAGGUGUCGUAAAUCGGGGUGAUUCGCUCAAAAGUCGACGAAGUAAAUCAAACAACAGUGUGGCCAGCUCCAACUCCAGUACCGAGCAUUUAACUCCAGCCGCAGUGAAUGUGGCAGGCUCCGCUCGCACAUCUGCCACAUGUAGUUUAGCAUCGAGCCGAGAAAGCAGUACUUCGAAUCCGGGUUCGGGACCGUACAAGGUGCUGAUGCUCGGUGGAGCGGCCGUCGGAAAGAGUUCGCUGGUGUCACAGUUUAUGACCUCCGAAUACCUGCAUGCGUACGACACCAGCAUAGAUGACGAUUCGGGAGAAAAAACGGUUUCCGUUCUACUCAGUGGAGAAGAAUCCGAGUUAACAUUCAUCGACCACAGCUACACCGAGAUGGCGCCGGAAAACUGCAUGGCAACGUACGAUCCGCACGGAUACUGCGUCAUCUACUCGUCGGCCGAUAAGGGCAGUUUUCUGGUCGCCGAACGGGUGCUGCAAAUCCUGUGGACCACAGAAAAUAUCGCCCAAAAGGCUGUGAUCCUGGUGGCCAACAAGGCGGAUCUUGCCCGCAGUCGAAUGGUUGCUUCCGACGAGGGUAAAGCAAUGGCCACGCAGUACGAUUGCAAGUUCAUCGAAACGUCCGUAGGCAUCAACCACAACGUGGACGAACUUUUGGUUGGGUUGCUAUCGCAAAUAAGACUAAAGCUGGAGAACCCAGAGAAAUCAAGGGACCUCUUCCGGAAACGAUCGAUCAGAAAGUCGAAACGACGCGCCUGUUCCCCGCUGGGUGGGGCCAUCUGUUUGGCGGGUAUCGGUGGAAACACCAACCCCAGCACACCGGUUUCGGGACCACCGGCCCCCGGGGGCUUCGUUGAAACGCCUCCCGGAAGUGCCCACAGCAGUCCAAGGAAGUACCGGGGCUCACGGACAUCGGCUAGUCUGAAGGUGAAAGGUUUACUGGGUCGUGUGUGGGCACGUGACUCGAAAUCCAAGAGUUGUGAAAAUUUGCACGUGCUGUAA